AUGGCGACCUUGGAGAAACCAGGUAUAGCAGAACAACUUGAGCAUGGGCACAAGACAGUCACUGCAGAAGGAGGCGAAGUCAACGACGAUGUCAUGGAUGUCCAUGAUGAGAAGGCAAAUAAGCAGCUCAAUCGCAAAUUGGACAUGCGCAUUAUCCCGCUAUGCUGUUGGAUCUACCUACUCAACUUCUUAGAUAGAGGCAACAUCGGCAACUCCAAAGUUCUUAACGCCGAAACCAACGAUGAUCUGCUGCAGCAGACGGGCAUGGGGAACGGCGGAUAUGCACUCACGGUCACGCUGUUUAGCAUAGCCUAUGCGUUCUUCGAGGUUCCAAGUAAUUGGAUCAUGAAGCAUUGGGUGCGGCCAAGCUUGUGGCUGGGUUUCUUGCUUGCCGCGUGGGGUGUGCUUACGAUAGGGUUUGCAGGCGUGCAGGACUUUGCUACGGUCGUGGUGCUGAGGUUCUUAAUUGGCAUGUUUGAGGCGGGUUUCUUUCCGGGAAUCGUUUAUUUAAUCACAAUCUGGUACCGGUACGACGAACGGGCUGUGCGCAUCGCGCUGGUCAUAGCCUUUUGUAAUCUUAGCGGCGCCUUUGGUGGAGCAAUAGCCUACGGCGUGGGCCACAUCAACGGCACCGCUGGUCUUGAAGGAUUCAGAUGGUUGUUCAUCAUCGAGGGCAUCAUAACCGUGCUCUCCGCCUUCCUCGUCUGGUUCUUCCUCCCGGACUACCCCACGCGUGCACGCUGGCUUUCACCAAUAGAGAAACAACUGUCUGUCGACCGCGUCGCCCUCCGCGGCGGUGGCUACCAGCAAACUCAUGCCUCGCGCCGCGAGAUCCUCGAAACCUGCUUCCAUCCACGCAUGCUCCUGCAUUACCUAGCCUACAUCGCCGAUGUUGUCCCCCAAGGCUCCUUCACCUUUUUCACGCCGACCAUAGUCACCGGGCUCGGGUACACCAGCAUACAUGCGCAACUUCUCACCGUCCCCCCCUGGUGCGUCGGCUUCGUCGUCGCCAUCACGGCUUCGUACAGCGCAGACCACUUCAACGCGCGCGGCUGGCACAUCGCCAUCCUCUCCACCCUCGGCGGCGUAGGCUGGCUCACCGCCGGCUUCCUCCCUGCCGACGCCUACGUGUCCCGCUAUGGAUGUCUCUGCCUUGCCGCCGUGGGCGCCUUUCCCGCCGCCCCUUCCCUAACCAAUUGGGUUACUUGCAACACUCCCUCUCUCCUAACGAUUCCGCUGGCUAUCGCGCUGCACAACAGUUGUGCUGGCUUGGGCCAGAUCAUCGCGCAGUGGAUUUGGAGACCGAGUGAGGUGAAGCAGGGGUAUCCGACGGGGAAUUUCAUGUGUGCGAGUUUCAGCUUUCUAGUGGCUGCUAUUGCCAUUUUUUUGAGGUUGUGGUAUGGAAGCAUGAAUGGGAAGGGGAAGCUUGAUGCGGGGUUGGUGGAGAGGGUGUGGGCUUAUUAG